AUGGAUCAUCAUCGCUUGCCGCGGCAUAGCUCGAGUCAUGGCACUCUUCAUAGCAGUUAUUCUCAUGGGCGAUCUACUCACGGGCCAUCCCCCGUCCGUCCAUUGCACAAACCUCUCCGAAGCGUCAACGAGAAUUCCGUCUUGCUACCUUCGCCAGGUGCAUUAGAGAGCAUGCUAAAAACUACGACAGAGACAGGAGAUAUCGGAAUCUUCAGCAUUAAACCCGUGCCUCCAUUACCGCAACGAAGAGGUACGUUUUCUGAGAUCAGUCAACAACACCCAUCGCCCCGCCCUUCUGUUGAAGAGUUACAACGUCGGAAUAAUGGCAAAAUUCCCCUAUGUAGAGACACUGCCUCCGAAAUAAUCUCAAUGCACGACUCGGAGAGUCAUAAAUCUACUACAAGUACGUUGACCCCGACAUGUUCAGAGGACAUUGGGCUGCGUUCAUAUUCAAUGACCACCUGUGGAUCCCGCCACCUUUCUCAUCAUAAGUCGACAACGACUUUGCAGAGUCAAGCCAGUGGGGGUCCGCUUCAACGUCCUCGAUCGCCCUUCCCGUAUCCAACUCGCUUGAAGAGACCUGGAGUUCGCCCGGCUUCUCCGGCCCUUACAGAAAGCGGGCGAGUUGACUAUAGUCGUAUGGUGGAAAUUGAUCGAGCCUCAUAUAGAACUGCCCAUGGCCCUUACAAACCCUUUUAUCCCCCGACACCACGGAGACAUCCUCCUUUAGGUCUCCGAGCAGACGCCAACUUAUCUACCGUCUCGCUACCCUCACAAGGUCUGCCGCCUCUUAGCCGUCAUAGACCACCUAGACCUUCUUCAAUUCGGACCCAUUCCACGGCCUCAAUGGCAUCUUAUAAUGCCCCGUGUCGCGAAAGGUUCGACAGUUCCUCGUCCAGGACAUCGAGUCUCACCUCAAUUGUGAAUAUGUACCACAGGACGCCACACACGCCUAGAAUUGGACCGAGUGGACUUUCCACUACUGUACCACGUUACUACGACUAUACCGAAGGGUUCGAGAGUAGACAACCGCGCGCUAUAACUCCAGUUCAGCCUUUCGCUCCGGUCCCUACUCGCGUAUCAAAUUGUCACCGCCCACUAGUACUACAGGAUUCCGAUGAAAAUCUAGAGGUUGUAUUUGGAGAGCGGGAUUCAGAAUUUUUUGAGGCCGGUAGUGGCAGCCCUAGCAGGGUGGACGGGCUCGAAGCUUUGGAAGAUACGAAUGGGCGUCACGUUGAAAGCUAUCAAGCCACGGUGGAUCGAGUACCAUCCCGUUGCCGCACCGGUUCUAUCCGUUCCGAGAGUAGGUCCAUCGCAUUUGAUGGCUUAGAGAUGGAUAGGAGGUUAGAAAGGGGAAACGACAUUGACCUGUUACCGUCGCAAGCAGGUAGAGAUUCUAUGGAUACGUUCAACCCGAGUCUUGAUCUAGAGUCAAAAGAUGCCCCAACAUACAGAUACGCGGACUACCGCUUGACAGCUACGCCGAAGACGAAGGCAAAUUCUCCAGAGAGGCAGGUUCAGGUCCUAGGCGGUAUAGCUCCUACAAUUCGAAGCGAGCAAGGAGUUAUAUUAAGGGAUGACACGCAAGGCGAGACGCUAAACGAAGAUGAAGUGGGCGAAAGUGGUGUAGGGGACCUAGCUGAAGGACAAGCCAAUCGAAGUCUGCAAGACCAUUCCAUCAUAAAGCGUCCAUGUUCUGAACCAACUCGAGAGCUCUCGAAGUCCAUUAGGCACGAAACCGAAUACGAAGCUCAAAAUGGAUUUGGCACGAUAGCCCGUGCUUAUUCAGAUUGUAGUAGAAAUGCGACUCGGAGUAGUGACCUUGGAAUGACAGUUAUAAGUGGCUCCGGCACCCGCGAAUAUAACACUUGUGAUAGUGCCACAUUUGCCGCUAAUAGAGAAGACUGGGAAAAUAAGCACGGCGGCGUUAGAGACAGUAAUACUAUCUCAUCCUCAGCAACCCAAACAACAGUCGUACAGAGACAGCGGUUCCAACGUCAUAAGAGGAACCAGGCAGUCCCUAGAAUUAGCACCAGCAGCUUGCCCAGAGAUGACAACGAAGGCUUUCCUUAUAUCUCGCCGUCUUGUUCUACUACACCUAUCGUCUCACCGAAACCGAUUUCACCUGCCCGCCAACUAAAGCUGAAGAACAGCAUACCUCAACUAAUGAAAGCCCUGCCGCCUUUGCCUGGAGAUCCCGACUAUAUGCCGCCCCCAACACCAAGUAUACAGAGCACGUCAAGUAGCGAUACCGACUUUGUCGAGGUUCUCGCUCCGUUUAAAUUUUCUAGGUCUCCUACACUCCAUCAGUUCAAAGACGCCGCAGUCGUAGUACCGGAGUGUAACCUCAAAGAUAAUCGAGCCAUACGAUUGCAUAAAAGUGCUCCGAAGUUGAGACUCAGAAUUAAAACGUCUAAUAGCUCGGAAGCUACAACCACCUCCGGAACAGGGUUCUAUAAUGAGGAUAUGGAGCGAUAUUGGCCUUCCGGAACUCCUAAUACAUAUCUUGGGGGUCAAAACGCUGAUCGCGGUAUUCGAACGAGAAGCGGGAAUAAGUUGAGACUCAGAUCAUCCAGAAGCACUGUUGCUAGUACUGCUCCGUCCGCUAGAGUUCGGCGGAAUGUAGAUGGAGAGGCACUAGAUCAUACAAAUGGUAUUACACGACAAAAGCCGAGGGACAGGGACUUGUUCACAUUCUCAACCAACUUAAGUCCUACCCCUUCUUCAACAAACGGGAAGUCGCCGCAACCACGAUGCAUUGAGGACUCUUCUGCCAGGGGCACACCUGGCAUUGACCCACCAAACGGAGCAGCACCUCAAUUUGAACAACGGACAUCGCUGGCGAAUAGAGAAGCUCGGAAUAAACCCCUAUAUGACUCACGAUCUAUGGAAACCCGUGCAAGCUCUAAUGUCAGGCAGCCUCGGGGCUUAAGAAGACGCUUAUCAGACCUUCAUUGUUUGCUGGCACGACCCCCAGGGCCAGCUUCAACGAUAACAGACACGACUAUCGAGCAGGACGGGAAGGGAAAUAAGACGGAUCGAGGUGUUACGCCAUCAAAUAUUAAUAUCGGCAGUCGCCAAUCCGCUUCGAGAGAUGAGCAUUCACUUCGAGGAAACCACGGUCGGGCUGGAUUUAGUCGAAGGGUACGGUCCAAAAUCCUCAGAUGGGUCAAAAACGCUAAAACGGCAGUGCGAGCAUGUGCAAAAAAGAAUCGGGAUGUCUGA